AUGGCACCGAAAACCAGCGGAAAGGCGGCCAAUAAGUUCGGCAAGGCUCAUAAAGUAAUCGUUAAGGGCGAGAAGAAGAAGAGGAGGCAACGCAGGAAGGAAAGCUAUGCCAUCUACAUCUUCAAGGUGUUGAAGCAGGUCCACCCGGACACUGGAGUCUCGUCGAAAGCCAUGAGCAUCAUGAACAGCUUCGUCAAUGACAUCUUCGAACGUAUUGCUGCUGAAUCGUCCCGUCUGGCUCAAUACAACAAACGCUUGACGAUCACCUCCCGCGAAAUCCAAACUGCUGUCCGUUUGCUGCUGCCGGGUGAGUUGGCCAAGCACGCUGUCUCUCAAGGAACCAAGGCCGUCACCAAGUACACUAACUCCAAGUAA